CCUGCCGUUCAUUAACAACAAUUCUUCCGAACAUUGCACUUAAAUUAAUUGUGUUACUCAUUUGCGGUGUAUACAUAGUGUUUUGUAUUAUUUAGAUAAUUUUUAAAUAAGAAAAUUUAUCGCUUAAAAUCCUAUUAGUGAGUAUAAGAAAACCUCAGUAUGUGGAAAGCAACUGCCGGUCACCAAAUACAGGCCACUAAUGCGGCCGAAGACGAUGACUGGGAGACGGAUCCUGAUUUUGUCAACGAUGUUAGCGAACAAGAGCAGCGCUGGGGCUCCAAAACCAUUGAUGGCAGCGGUCGUGACGGAGGCGGAGCCAUUGACAUGGACAAGCUGCGGGAGGAGACUGAGAAAUCCGAUUUGGACAAGAAAAAACAAUUAUUGAAGGAUCAAAAUGCGGGAUAUGGAUACGGUGGCAAAUUCGGUGUAGAGAAGGAUCGCAUGGACAAGUCAGCGGUGGGGCACGACUAUCAGGGCAAGGUGGACAAGCAUGCAUCGCAAAGAGAUUACAGUGAGGGUUUCGGUGGCAAAUACGGUGUGCAAACGAAUCGUGUGGACAAAUCUGCUGUUGGCUGGGAUCAUAUUGAAAAAGUGGAGAAACAUGAGUCGCAGAAGGAUUAUUCCAAGGGUUUCGGUGGCAAAUUUGGAGUGCAGGAAGAUCGCAAGGACAAAUCUGCUUUGGGCUGGGAUCACAUUGAGAAGGUUGAGAAACACGAGUCGCAAAAGGAUUAUUCCAAAGGGUUUGGCGGCAAGUUUGGCGUACAGGAAGAUCGUAAGGAUAAAUCUGCUGUCGGCUGGGAUCAUAUUGAGAAACCGCAAAAGCACGCCAGUCAGGUGGAUCAUAAAGUCAAGCCCGUCAUUGAGGGUGCUAAGCCCUCCAACUUGCGUGCCAAAUUUGAAAAUUUGGCUAAGAACUCUGAGGAGGAAUCCCGCAAGCGGGCGGAGGAACAAAAGCGCUUGCGUGAGGCCAAGGAUAAACGGGAUCGGGAGGAGGCAGCCAAGCAAACAGUUGUUGAAAACACGCCAUUACCUUCCGCAGAGGAAGCACGUACGGCUCCCGUGAAAGGAAGUCGCACGGCAAUACAAACAGGUCGUUCCGGAGGCAUUGGCAAUGCCAUUAGUGCGUUCAAUCAAAUGCAGUCGCCAGUGACAGAGACUCCUCCGGCCCGUAAGGAUCCCAUUAUCAUACCCAAGGAACCAGCGCUCAGCGAACCUACUGUGGUUGAGCAGCCAAAGCCCGUCACGCCACCUCCAGUCGUCGUUAAAGAAGUCGUCGGUCCAACUCCAAAAGUUACUGCACCACCUGAUGUUGUGCCACAAAUUGAGAUUGAGACUGUUGCCACUCCCCCUUCAAGCGAGCCACAAUCGCCGGCUCAUGUCCCUGCGGCUGAACCGGAACCGGAGCCGGUUCAACAGCCACAACCAGAAAAACAACCUGAGCCGGUGCCAGAACCUGAAGCUGAGCCGCUGUAUCAAAACCAAGCAGAACUGAAGGCUGCAUCUCCAUUGCCAGCAUCAGUCUCGCCAACUCCAACCGCAGCAGCAGCUGCCAAUGGCAACGAGGAGGCCAUCUACGCCAAUUCGGACAACUUGGCCGAUUAUCUGGAGGAUACUGGCACGCAUGCAAUUGCUCUCUACGAUUAUCAGGCAGCUGACGAUGAUGAGAUAUCGUUUGACCCUGAUGAUGUGGUCACUCAUAUUGAGAAAAUCGAUGAUGGUUGGUGGCGAGGUCUGUGCAAAAACCGUUAUGGUCUCUUCCCGGCAAAUUAUGUGCAAGUUAUUAAUCAAACUUCUUAAUUUCUGAUAAUGUCAUAAACGAACUUAUGAUGUGAACAAUUUUAUACUGAGUCACAUAAUUCACCAUUAUAUAAAAGUCAUGCUCAACAUUUAUUUCUACUUACAACGAAGAAACGUUAACAUUAUUGUAAUUUGUUACAUUACAUCGUCACACGCAAUAAUUAUAUUAUUCCAUUUUAUUUACAUCAUUCAUAUUCGAUUUAAAAAAUUGAAAUU